UAUAACGUGUGCGUGGCAGUGGUGUCACAGAGGAGGAGUCAGAUGCGCCUCUAUUGCGCACACUCACACGGUUGGAUUCACACAUACGAAUGCAAACGUUUACCUCUGACAUUUCUGAGGAGUUUACUUGAAUUUAACCAAAAGUCUUUAAUUAUUAAUGUCAGUUUCUGUGUCGCUGGUGUAGUUUGAAAGCUUAGUUUUACAGUGUGAGUCCUGAAUGCAUCUGGAUUUUCUGCGGGUUCUGCUGAGCUUCUAACAGGUGUUGCGGAACGCAGCCUGGAGAGUGAACAUGUCCAAUGGGAAAGGCGCAAAUGCUACAGAAAACUGGUCGAGGUUUUUCACAAAACAGCGGCAGGAAAAUUAAAGUCGCUGCUGGUGGUGGUUGCUGCACCAGGAAGGAGUCUAGUGGGGUUUUGCAUGCUUUCAGUGAGUGAUGCGGAGGGUGUUUUCCAGACAGCAGCAGCCCAAGUCCGCACCAAGGUGUUGUUCCUCACAGAUGAUCCUGAAAGAGUGCCUGGAUGAGUGUAUGGAGGCCUUGGAUCUCUUCCUCAACAACCACUUCAAUGAGAGCCUGGAGAGGCUGCGGCCAAGAGUGAAUGAGAGUAUGUACCACGCUCUUAUCUACGCCACAGUGCUGGAAAUGCAGGCCAUGAUGACUUUCCAGCAUGAUGACAUCAGCAAUGCAGGAAAUACCAUGAAGAGUGCCCAGGAAGUCUGUCAGAGGUUUCGACGGAAAUCCCCAAGUUUGACUAACAAGUCAGUAGGGGAAUCACUCACUGAAGUAGAGCUUCAUGCUGAAGUGUGUUAUGCAGAGUGCCAACUGCAAAGGGCUGCUCUCACUUUUCUACAGGAUGAGAACAUGGUGAGUUUUAUCAAAGGAGGGAUCAAAGUACGAAACAGUUACUUGAUUUACAAAGAACUGCACGCCUUCAUAAAAUCUCACAACUGUCUCAAAGGACCCAGCCACAUUCACUUAGAGGGUGGAAUAUCAUUUGGAACAGGAGCGUUUAAUCUGACACUCUCUCUGUUUCCUCCACGGAUACUCAGAGUUUUGGAGUUUGCAGGCUUUUCAGGAGACAAGGAAUAUGGUCUGUCCCUGCUGCACGACGGUGCCACAGGGAUAAAUCUGCGCUCCAUGCUGUGUGCUCUGCUACUGCUCUGCUACUACACCUUUCUCACAUUCAUACUAGGUAGGACAGGUGAGGGAGAGGUGGCUGAAGCUGAAAGGCUGCUGAAACCUUUCCGGCUUCGCUAUCCACGGGGAGCAAUAUUCCUCUUCUUUGCAGGCAGGACUGAGGAGAUCAAAGGGAACAUUGAUGAGGCAGUGGCGCUCUUUGAAGAUGGCUGUAAGGCCCAGCAGGCAUGGAAGCAGUUCCACCACAUGUGCUACUGGGAGCUGAUGUGGUGUUUCACCUAUAAACGAGCAUGGAAAAUGGCUUACUUCUACGCAGACCUACUGAGCCAGGAGAGCCGCUGGUCCAAGGCCAUGUAUGUGUAUAUGAAAGCUGCUUACCUCAGUAUGCUGCCUAAGGAUGAGGCCAGGCCGUUUGGAGAGGACGAGGUAGAACUCUUUAGACGAGUGCCCACCUUCAAGCAGAAGAUAGCAGGGAAGUCUCCCCCGACUGAGAAGUUUGCUAUUCGUAAAGCCAGACGCUACAAGGCUCCCUGCCCAGUCAAGCUACCAAUACCAGUGCUGGAGAUGAUGUACAUGUGGAACGGUUUCAGUAUGAUCAGCAAACGACCAGAGCUGACUGAAGGCAUGAUGCAGACGUUGGUGGAGGCAGAGCGCACCCUGCUGGAGUCUCCUGAAAAUGAGUAUUCGGUGGAUGACUGUUGUCUGAUCCACCUGCUGAAGGGUCUGUGUUUGAAGAACCAGGGGCUACUCCAGGCUGCUGAGGAAUGCUUUAUCAAAGUCUGUUCCAGUGAAAAGAAGAUCAGAUUUGACCACUACUUGGUGCCCAACUCUCUGGUGGAGCUCAGUCUGCUCUACAUAGACCAAGGCCGAAGGGACAAGGCUAUUAAACUACUGCACAAGGCCAAACAAAAUUAUAAAGAUUACUCGAUGGAGUCUCGUACACAGUUCAGAGUACACGCUGCUCUGGCCAAACUCAAGGCUGACCCUGGUGAGGACGAGGACACUCAUCUGUAAGAAGACAGUUCUUCAUGACUGCAAAGGCUCUCCACAGUAAACGCUCUAUUUCCCUCACAGUUGUGGCUGUUUUCAGCUUAAUACCCAGUUUUUUUUACAGACCUAUAUGCAUUUUUCAACAAGUGAAUGCUGGGUAUUUCAUCUGUGUGCUGGUAUACCUUUUCAGGCAUUUUUGUGUCACAGUGUGCUCUAUGUGUCACUGGACAAGGGUACAACCUGAAUAAUUACAGGAGUCGUCCUGUCCACUCUAGCCUCAAAGAGAAUAAACAUGGCAAGUGGACAUUUUGAGUCGAUGGACCUCUAAUUUCACUGCCUUCCAUA